CAUUCGUUGAAGUGUUGUAUCAAAGCAAUACUUCGUAUAUUGAAUCAAUGCGAAUUCAUUUGUAUACACCGAGCUCUUAUGCGGUAACGAGAAACGUCAAGCUGUGCUAAUUAUCAAGCAGAAAUCAUCCUAACAUUCAUCAUGGCGAACCACAUAAUUCCUCGUUCUGUGACCGUGAUAGUGCUAAUGUUUAUUUUGAUGCCUGCAUUUCUGCAAAUGGCUUCAGUUCGAGCUGAAAGUGAACUUGGACCUGGAUUUGUAGGAUGUUACCCCGUUGGACCUAAAUGGCAAGAGUUUCUUGACAAAGAUGACGCGGUUGUUGAAAGUGUGGAAGGUUGUGUACUUCACUGUAGGGAAUUCGAGUAUGCUACCAUCACUGCUGGGAGAAGCUGCUACUGCAGUGACGGUUUCAAAGGUAUCACAAGAGCGGAUGAUGAACGCUGCAACGUCAGAUGUGACGGCAAUCCUUGCCAAAUAUGUGGAGAACGCACACACUACUCAGUUUACAACACAACUGAGAUUCUGAAAAGAAUGCCUUUCAAUGGCGGAUUGUCAUGCUCUCAAUUUAACGGCUCUUCCAAAUACGUCUACGCAGAAUGUAUGGUCCCUACGUUGCUGACCACUACAAUGGAACCUUACGAGAUCCCUUCUACCAUGCCUACGCGUUUUCCUACUACCCAAAUCGAUCAUGAGAUUAGGCCUAGUUGCAGUGAAGAGCUGGUCAAGCAAUGCUGUCACUCAUCAUACUCACUUUGGUUACGAAUCGUCAUUGAUGUGGCGGUGAUGCUCCUCGUUCUAUUCCUCAUCAUACUGAGCUUCAUAGUUGUUCGUUUUUGGAGGAACCGUCAAAGGGGCAUGUUUGAUGAAUGGCAACCUCGCAGCAUUCAUCAAAGAAGAGGAAACGAGUCUAGAAUCCCAAGGUCAGGUGGUGAUCUUAUGAACAGGAAUCACAGCUAUCGCAAUCUCUCGGGAUCCAGUACCCUUGAUCGUGGGCUGGAAUCUAUCGAUCAAGAAUAUGCUUCUAUAACAGCCCAAGGACCGGCAACAACGGUUUGCUCAUUCGAUGGCGAGAUCGGAAAUCAGUAUGGUUCGAUACCAGAUUCAGCUAAAGGUGCAAUGGCUUCAGAGACAUGUCAAUCAAAUACGCCACUCAACAUUCGCAAAUGUAAUUCUGGUGAAGGGGAAAGCUCUGAUCCUGAUCUUCGCAUGGCUUGUGACCAAACGGGUAAUCGACAUGCGCGGUCAGAUCUGAAAAGUAAGCCAAACCCUGUUGUUAAGCCAAGACAGAAGGGACAUUUCGAGGAUUCUAAAGUUGAAAAGAAUUCCUCUGGCAAGACAAAACGGAAAUCUUUGUUCGAGCACCUCCCAAAACUUCCAAGUUCGCGAAAGCCUUCUAAGUGUGAUGGCACUUCUGUAAAAAGUCCUAUACAAACCAUCGACAGACCAGCGGGUGCCCUAUGUGGGACAGAAGAUAAAGCAAAUAGCAACGUGACCGAGUUACUCGAUAGAUGUAUAGUUUCUACCGCUGAAAAGUUUCUUGAAGAUCCCAAGUCAAACACCAUGCCACAUGACAUCUAUGCACUUCCCGAUAAGUCUAGAUAUGGCCCAUCAAAGAAGAAGUCCUGUACCAUGCAAGGGGGAUGUUCUGUUGAUAUCGAACUCCAAGCAUCUAAUGAAGGGUAUGGAAGAUUUAAUAGGCUCUUCAAAUUUGGAACCAGCGGUAAAAGCGAGCAAAGGCAAGAUGAAGAUUCGUCAUCACCCGAGGAAUAUUCGCUUCUUAAGCCCGAACUGAAGACAUCGGACUAUGACAAGCUGGCACACGGGAAUGACAAUGACGGGCCCGCUUCCACUGACCCAACGUAUAAUAUUGUCGGAGAUGACCCAGGAAGUGCGUUUGAAACCGGCGAGGUCCUAUACGCAGCAGUGGAUGAUGAUGAGUAUGCGUUGGUUGGAGAAGGGACACCCAAUGCCGGCCAAAACGGAGACUACGAGAUGGUCGCACAUGGUCAGAUAGAAUGAAAGAAAAAAAGGAAGAAUAUUCAUGAUGGCGCUAUUGAAUAUGAUGUCAUGUCACGAAUAAGUGUAUUGUGUAUAGUGUUGACUUCGAUAGCUGGGAAUUUCCCUAUAAUGUGUGAUGGGCUGCCUAGCAUUUAGUAAAAAUAAUACGAAGAUACAGAACAAAGGGAGCAAGGGAAGGAGUCGGAGAUUAAAACAAGAGUAGGAAGGAGAGAAGAAGGGGAGGAGGGAUAAGCAGACGAGACAGACAAAGACUGGCAGAUACAUAACUGUGAAGAGUAUAAGAAGAAGAGGAAGAGAUGGAAACAAAACGGAAUAAGGGAUAUCAUAAUGUAAAAAAGGGGGAAGGAUAAGAAUAUGAUAUAAAAUGGAGGACAUCAUGAACAAUACCAUGUGCACUGUAAAAAAAAAAUCACAAAAUCAUAUGAAAAUAAAAAUAUCAUGGCACGCAUACCUUCUUUGCAUAUGAAGGUUGUUGACUCCAUUAAAUGUUGCACCAUCAAAAUUGAGUGGAAAUCAGUUUAACUCUGCCAAUCACCACGUCUGCACUGUAGUACUGGGCAUUGGGAAAUUCGGAAUUUUUAAUACAUUUGACACGACAUCGACUGGCAACGUGGAUCAACAUUUGAGAAGCAAACAUUGUUCAAUUUGAUAUUGUUAAUAAUGCGAUUAAUUUGUUUUUAGAUAAGCGCGUGAGGAGCGUUCGAAUUCUCACGUAUAGUCCACAUGCUGGGCCUUCAAGAUUUUGUUUUCCUCCAUACACUGCGCUAUAAACCACUGUUCGCUUUUCCUACACACUGCACUAACCCAUUGAUCGCGCGAUCCCCAAAUUUACCCUCCUGGGAUCGCGCGAUCAAUGGGAAAGCGAACAGUGGUUAAGCCCCUUUCACAAUUGACGUACGACCUGUUUACGACCGCC